AUGGCUGGACGUUGGGUGAAGGUGCUUUUGGGGCUGUCGGCGUUGGCGGCGAUCACCGUCGACGGUGCGUGUCCAAACAAGUGCUCGGGUCAUGGCUCCUGCGGCGCCAACGACGUUUGUACAUGCGAACAAAACUGGAUCAACGCCGACUGCUCGGCCCGCCAGUGCCCGUUCACCCGCGCGUGGCAAGACACAGCUAGCUACGACAACGACGCGCACUACUAUGCGGAAUGCGGGAACCGCGGCAUCUGCGAUCGCUCAACGGGGAUCUGCCAAUGCGAUGAAACGUUUGUCGGAGCGGGCUGCACACGCCUCAAGUGCCCCAGUGACUGCUCCGGCCACGGCAAGUGCAUGUACAUUGAAGACUUGGCGGUCUCCCCCGACAAACGCGUGGGAGGGAACCCAGACUUCACGACGUUUACGAGCUGGGACCGAGAAAAGAUCCAAGGGUGCCGGUGCGACCCCGGAUGGGAAGGUCAUGCGUGCAGUCGCCGUGUGUGUCCCAAGGGCGACGAUCCCCUCACGACGGGCCAGUUUGACAUGCAUCAAGGCAUUUCGCUCACGCAUGCCGCGGUCAUCAAAUUUGUCAUCCGGUAUGCGGAUCCUUACGGCAACGUGUGGACCACGAGCGAAAUCACGUCCGGGCUGCCGACGGAUGACGCCACCACGUGCGCCAACAUCGAAACCGCCCUCCGCCGCAUCCCCAACUUUGCCUUGAGUUCACGCGUCCUCAACUCGAACGAACUCGUGGUCGCUCCUGGUGGGGUCGCCGUGUACACUCGCAAGGGGCCAACGACAGGGACGGUCGCGGCGACGGUGGCCGACGACUCUAGCACGACCAACUGCAUUGUGUCGUUCCCGGCCGCGCCAGGCACCACCGGUCUCCAGCAUUUGCUUGAAGUGGACGUGACGCCUUACACGGCAGCGGGUAGCCAACCUAUUUCGGCUGGUGGUGGAUCGACGACGGUCGCAGUCGUGGAACAUAUUCCAGGAGGCAAUGCUGCCGGGGCGUUGGCUCGGCCGCUUACCGAGUUGGCCACCUGCUCCAACCGCGGCAUCUGCAACGGCGAAACAGGCCAGUGCCAGUGCUACACAGGCCACAAGGGGCUCGCGUGCGAGCUGCAGGAAGCCCUUGUGUAA